UAUAUAAGACUGGUGGUGGUGGAGACUCCUCAGGAGAAGCAGCCGUGGGAGACUUCCCCUCUCGAUGGCGAGCAUCUCUGUCGCCCUCGCAGUCCCCCGUCCUCCGCUGUCCCGUCUCGCCGCCCGCUUCCCGCCAUGCGACAUGAGGGCAGUGAGGGUAUGGCGAAUUAGGUGCCGGGCGGAGCCUUCCUCCCAGGACGAUCCCGAACCUCCACUGGAGCCUUCCCUUUGGGGCAUUCCGACGAGCACUUGGAGCGCCGGUCUUGGAGCAUUAGGGUUCUUGGAGACCGGGUACCUCACCUACUUAAAGUUCAGCGGCGCCGAAGCCUUCUGCCCUGUUGGUGGUGCUAGCUGCAGCGAUGUCCUCAAUAGUGACUAUUCCUCUGUUUUUGGCUUGCCCCUUCCAUUAUUUGGGAUGCUUGCAUAUGGAUCUGUCGCAUUGCUUUCUCUCCAGCAGUCUGGAAAGAAUUUGCUUUCUGGACUAGGUGACACUGAUGCUCGCUUUAUUUUGCUUGCAACCACUACUUCAAUGGCAACAGCAAGUGCUUAUUUUCUUUAUAUUCUAAGCACAAAGUUCGCUGGAACAACUUGUUCAUAUUGUCUGUUCUCAGCAGUUCUGUCUUUCAGCUUAUUUUUCAUUACUUUAAAGGAGAUUGGCAUGGAAGAGAUUAGAAAUGUGGUUGGGCUACAGUUGGUGAUUGCUGGUGUGGUGGUUACUGCUUUAACAAAUACAUAUAAUAUGGGCGAUUCUCGGUUACUUGGUUUAAAUGAUUUGACCUUGGAGCCAUAUGAAACUGAGAUAACAAGUCAAUCAUCCCCGAUGGCUCUCUCUCUUGCAAAACACCUGCGUUCCAUAGGUGCAAAGAUGUAUGGGGCCUUCUGGUGCUCUCAUUGUAAUGAACAGAAGCAGAUGUUUGGUCGUGAAGCCGCAAAAAUAUUGAACUAUGUUGAGUGCUUCCCUGAUGGAGCUGGCAAAGGAAAAAAGAUGGCUUUGCAAUGUGCAGCUGCUGGACUCGAAGGCUUUCCAACAUGGGUUAUAAAAGACAAGAUCCUCAGUGGGGAGCAGAAUUUUGAAGCUCUGGCAGAGGCAUCAGGUUAUGUUGCUGAAGACUUUCGUCCUUCGUGAGCCUUCAACAGAAAUCGAGAAGAAACAUCGCCCAGCAAUGUGCUGCCUUUGUACGACAGUCUCUAGUCUUCACUCCUUCCUCUCAUUCUAUGCUUUCCCAGGGAAAUAUUUUUUAAGGGGCAAGUCAUGAGAUUUUGAUCAGAUAUAUUUAGUGUAAAUGUACAUUAUUUCAUUUUCAUGUAACAAAGCCACUAAACCAACUUAACUAAGCCUAUGGUUCGUUCAUUUACCGGGUUAUGAUGCAUCUGCUAUAAUCUGUUGUAUCGUGGAUGAUGAACCCAAUGGAAGACAGGAUAUUUAUAAGAUUUGCAUAUUGUUUUCGUA